AUGGAGCGUGAGAGCAGCAGCAAGGCCCGGUCCGCAGGUAACUUUAGUGGUUCUUCUAGUGUUGGUGGUGGUGGUAGGUCAGCAUUCAAGGGAGGGACAUCAGGGCUAUCCCAGUCUUUUGCUCAGUCUUCAAUCAGUGCACCGCCAUCGAGGCCCACAGGGUCAGUCAGGUGGGAGAUUUUAGCAGUGGCGGAGGCCCCAUGCCCUAGGUGCAGGAAGAUAAACUUUGGGACCUACUUCAUGCACCAGCCCAUAUGUUAUGGUUGUUGUAUGAGAGGUCAUAUUCAGAGGGAUUGCCAUUCGUCUCACCAGAGCAUGGGCAGGGGUAUAGCACAACCAACCAGUUCUGCAGCCACUACAUCCGCAGUACCUCCUCCAGCUCAAGGCACCCCAGCACACGUAGAGCUUGGUUCAGCUAGGGGUGGCACAUAG